GCCACACUUUGUCUAUGACAUCAGUUUCAGCUUUGCUGUCCAAUUUUGAUUCGUAAAACUUUCUGCAAACUUGCGCAAAAUAGCAACUAGUCAAUAAACUGUCGAAGAUAAGUAAUCGCAGUGCCCAACAUAAUGGCCGAUCCAAAAUUUCAAAACCUGCCCGGCAUUGCUUAUGACCAGCCGGAUGUUUUUGAGACUCCCGACGAUCCGGAGGUCGACACGUCCGACUACUAUGAAGAGGAGCCAGAAAACGAGGCCAUUGAGCGAUUGCACAUUUCGCCAAGCAUUGCCCACAAACGUUUUAGCAACGCAACGCUUGAGGGAAACGUCGACUUCACGGAUCGGAUUGGACGUCGCUUGUGCCGGGGCUAUGAUGUUCGAGGCGGGGAAUAUGAGCUGGUGGGCCUCGGUGAAAAGGAGACGCCAGUGCAAAAGUGUCAACGCUUGCAAAUUGAAAUGAACGAACUACUCGAUGAAGUGGCCGCUUUGCAAGUAGAUAGAAAGAUUGCCGACGAAGAGAAGAAAUCCUAUGAUGCAGUCGCUACUGUGAUAAGCACAGCCAAGAGAGUAUUGGAUACGUUGAAGCUUGAGCAAGUGCUGGGCAAAGAGCAAAUGCCCAAUGAUAAGCAAGUGAAAGCACUUGUCGCACAAGUCGAAGAAUUUAAACAAUCGGGCGUGCUAACGGCUCUGCCCACACCUGGCACGGAUUUGGCAGCGACAGCACGCAUAGCGAAUCUCGAACAGCGUCUGCAUCAGCUGGAAAAGGCUGUAGGUGCACAGCCCGAGAAACUCAGUCGCCUCACAACCGUCACUAACACAUCCAAUGUGCUCGAGGCGGUCCGGCAUUUGAGCACCAAGGCUGCUCUGCUCCAGCCGGACAAACUGGAUGCGAUUGAGCAACGUCUGACUACAUUAACUGGCAAAAUGGAUGCAAUCGCCGAAAAGUCCAGCGGCAGCACACAGGACGCCAAACGUGAUCAGAAGGUUGCAGAGCUCUACGACCUGGCCAAACGUACCGAGCCAGUUGUUGAGAUGUUGCCACAUGUUAUUGAAAGAAUGCAAGCACUCGAAGCUUUGCAUAAAUAUGCUAACAACUUUGCUAAGAUCAUAGCGGAAAUCGAGCAAAAACAAGGCACUAUUACCACCAGUUUGGUCAAUAAUAAGGAGCUUUUACAUUCUGUGCAGGAAACGUUUGCUCAAAAUUUGGAAACAAUCAAUGCUAAAGUCGCUAAAGUUGAGCAAAGAGUUGCCGCUGUAACUAAGGCUAAAUAAAUAAGCUCAAUAUAAUAAACAUG